AUGACUGUGUCAAACGCAGAUGCCAGUCCCUUCAAAAUACUAUACUCGCUACUACAAGCUGCUGAAAUAAUCACACCCAAUUCUUCAGAUUACACGGAGAGCAGUCAGACUUGGGCGGCUCAGAAGUAUUCAAACCCGGGUCUCGUGAUACGGCCUACCUCAACUGAUUCCUUGGGCAAGGCCCUCGCAUACUUGUACACGACUAAUCUGGAUUUUGCGAUCUAUGGCCAUGGAUUUAGCUCUGUCUCCGCCAAAGAUGUCUUGAUAAACACAUCUGCAUUCGACAACUUUCGCUUUGAGGCACAUUCAGAAACAGUAACAAUCGGUGCUGGGCAACCAUGGGCCGAAGUAUAUCGGAAGCUCAGUCAGGUAGCACCGGAAUAUGGAAUCAUCGGUGCCCGCACGCCAUGUGUCGGAGUAGCAGGGGCUAUCGUCAGCGGAGGAUUCUCGUGGCUUUCAAGCGAGUAUGGCUGUAUCUCCGACCCGGAAAAUAUGAUUGAUGCAAAGGUCGUCAAGUAUGACGGCUCGGUCGUAUGGGCGUCUACAGAGCCCGAGCUACUGUGGGCGCUCCGUGGAGGCGGUGGAGGUUUUGGCGGUAGGUGA